AUGACUUCCUUGACGCGCAUUAAGAUGCUCCUCUUGAUGGUUGUGUCCAUGGUCUCCAUGGGCAUGGCUGCUGUGACUGAUGUGACUGGUGAAGACUGCACUUCCAUCGUGAAGGUUCUCCUCCAGAACCCUCACACUGGUGAAUCCCACGUCGUCGGCGACGCUAAUGCUAUCCCCGUUCCUGCUCCCAACUUGUUCGGCCGUGCUGUUCGCCCUGGUGAUGGUUGGAUCACGAUCACCACCACCGAGACAUCGUGCGUUCCUCGUGUCGCGUCGACUACGAUUUCCAUCAGUACUGUGGACCCUGUUGUUGUGUCCAUAGUCAGCACUCCUCCAGUUAUUUCCCACACUAGCACUGUGAUCACAUCUUUCACCACCACCGUGCUAGAGACUAGUACUGUCCCAACCACGUCCGUGGCUGUCUCUACUCCUGCCUCUGCCCCCACUGAUGUGAUCACCACUGUGGUGCCCGUUGUCACCUCGAUUCAUGUGUCUAGCACUACUGGGGUGUCGACUGUUUCUUCGAAAUCUACCACUUCCAAAGCCACUGCCACUGCAAUCGGGGUUACCACUCAGUCUGGUACUCCCAUGUCUAGCAGCUUGGCAGCUGUCCCCGCCACUACAUCUACCGCUACUGCUAAGCCCGUGACUUCUUCCCACGGUAGCACCGCUGAGACAACUUCUGCUUCUACUACCAGCAUUGAGGUCACCUCCUCCAGUGUCACAAAGGCAGUUCCUGUCCCCGGCUCCACUGUGACUGGCAAGAACACUGACUUUGCGACUGAGCCUUGCCCCACUGGUACUGAGUUGACUCCUGCUGCUGGCAAGGUCACUGGUGUUCCUGUUGCUCCUGCUCCGACUCCGGUAACUUCUGAGAUCGUUUUCACCAUUACAGUUCCAUGCAGUCACACUGAGAAGUGCCGCAGCACCGAGGCAUAUUCCACCAGCACUUUGGUUUUCUCUAACCCUACUGGCACUCACAUCACUGCUCCCACUGCUCCAGCUGUGGUCAUCAUUUCUGCUCCUGAGACCUCCGUGGCCACUGACUUCGUCACUGAGCCUUGCCCCAGUGGCACCGAACUGGCACCUGCUCCUGCCGUCACUGAGAUCACUGUGACUGUGGACAUCCCCUGCACCGAGUCUACCAAGUGUGUCAGCACCCAGGUUGUCACCACUGCUAUCUCGGUCUCUGUCGUGCCUGUAAUGCCUAUCCCGGUCACUGUCACUACUCCUGAGACUACCGAGGUUCCUGUUGCAGCCCCUGCUCCGCCUGCUGUUCCUAAGAAGGAGACGACAGAGGCCGAACAGACUACAACCACUCAUGUUAUUGCUCCGGCACCUGCUCCUACUCUGGAGACCACCAUUCCUGAGUCUCCUCCCCAGGCCAAGAUUUCCGCCCCGGUCCCUGAGACUAUCACUGCAACCCACCCUGUUUCAGUCCAGACUACACUGGCUACUGUUCCUCAGCCCCCUGUGCCUAAGGGUUCUAAUGUUCCUCAGAAAGUUCCUCAAAACGGAGAGUCUCAGAUCGCUGCCCCAACUGUUCCCCACCCUGCCUCCAGUGAGUCGCAGGCACCUUCGGCUCCUGUCUUCAACGGUGCCAGCGCUGCUGGGUUUGUGGAUGGUCGUCUGCUUACUAUGAGCAUUUUUGUUGUGCUCGCUAACGCUGCCCACUUUGUAAUGCCGUGA